AGGAGUGCCACCGGCGAGGCGUGGCACGAGAUCAUGUGUCACCCAUGUCACCCAUGUCCCUCGGUGUCCCCAGGAGUGCCACCGGCGAGGCGUGGCACGAGAUCAUGCUGUCGUGCCUCAGCGGCAAGCCGUGCGACGAGAACUCGGGCAUCAAGGAGGACGAGUGCGGCAACGAGUUCGCCUACUUCUACUUCGUGUCCUUCAUCUUCCUCUGCUCCUUCCUGAUGCUGAACCUUUUUGUCGCCGUCAUCAUGGACAACUUCGAGUACCUGACGCGCGACUCGUCCAUCCUGGGCCCGCAUCACCUGGACGAGUACGUGCGGGUCUGGGCCGAGUACGACCCCGCCGCAUGGUGAGGACCCCCGGGGGGGCACGGGGGGGCACGGGGACACCCCCCGAGGGGGACAGCGGGGACAGGGACACCCCCCGAGGGGGACAGAGGGGACAGUGACACCCCCAAACCCCGCGGGUCCGUGCGGGUCUGGGCCGAGUACGACCCCGCCGCAUGGUGAGGACCCCCGGGGGGGCACGGGGGGGCACGGGGACACCCCCC